AUGUACGAGGCCAUGGGAUUCGUAGGUUUUAUUAAGAAAAUCUUAAUUUUUCCUUGAGCCGUUAAAGAUGAUUUAAAAAUUAAGAACUCCUCUUCUGCUUUCCUUCCGGUCUCAUUGAAGCCGUUUAUUUUAGUUGCAGAAUCUCCAGAUCAACACCCGAAUUCUUCUUGCCCAGCUUCCAUUUGGUGUCCUCUUCACCGUUGUCGGCCAAACAUUCCUCAAGAUUUUAUAUAGUCUCGGUUACAAUACUGAGGUCGACACUCCUUAUUUGUAUGUGAUUAUGUGGUACUUCGUUGACUUUGGUAUGGUGCAUUUUCAGGGAUGUUACUCGAAAACUUUUUAAACAAAAAUUUAAAAGUAAAUGAGCCCCGUUAUGGAAUGAAAUGUGCAGGAAAGUUAUCUUUCUUGCAAGACUGUUUGGUUAUUUUGUAGGGCAUACGUACAAGCUUGUAGUCAGCAACACUUGUUCUCUUUGACGUAUGGAUAGGAGAUUGGUAAUAAAUCACAAUUACAACGACGUUACUUAGCAAGGUGUUAGUCAAAUAAAAGUACGAACAGUUUGCGUUGACAUACUCGAGGUUUCUUUUCGAGUCCAUAAAAUAUUCGGUUUCUUACAUAUUUUAUUCUAAGAAAUGUAAAUGUCACGUUCAAUGUGCAGCUACGACGAUUAAUACGAAGAUUGAAUUUAAUUAGUACAAUGUUAACUAAGCUCAAAUUGUAACAUCAAUCAAAGAUGUAACUGUUUUAAUUCAAACAAAAAUGGUUCGUUUUCUAGGCGCGGCUCUUCGAAUCGGAACUUCCAGUUGUCUUCUGGCCGAACGGGUAAUUGCAUCGCUGAAAGUGGAUAAAUACGAGCAUUACUGUAUUCGGAUACCGUACAUUGCAAUAAUUACAAUUGUCGUGGAACUUCUGCUUUGUACUAUUGUAGGCCUCAUGCUGAAAUUCCGUGAGUUACUAAGCGUAUAUCUACAAUAAAGACGUGUUUUUGAGUACAAUUAGGAACCUCUUUACGUUUCUGCUGUUGACGCAAUUUAUUUUUUAUUACAAGUACGAAGUUUAGGGUUUAAAUUUUUAUCGGGUUGAAAUGCUCUGUAAUUCAAUCAGAAAAUAAUAGAAUUUCUGAAAAGGCAGAGUAAAAGUCAUAUAUUAUAUGUAAAUAUAUAUUACUACUAGUUGCGACAUCCAGGAAAAGAACCCCGACCUCAGGGAUAUAGGAGUCUCGGUAGGAGAUUCCGAGCAUUUUUUUCUGCAGGGAUAUCGGCAAUGAAUGAUCUUGAUUUUAUACUUCUCUAGCUACGGAUUCUUCGAUUAUGACUUGAGGUGUCUUUCUUGAAUUAACAUCUUCUCAUGACUACCUUAACUUGUCUCUGUCCACUUUAAAUCCUCAAGGACGAAACUGGAACCAUUUCAGCUACAAUAUUCACAAGGUUCAUUGGUGGUUUUGUUGGAGUGGUCGUUGUCAUCAUCUCGUUGAUUGUAAGUACAAAUCAAAAAGUAAUCAUAACUGAUUAGAUCUACCUAAUCCUUCCCCGAUGGUCGUUGUCAAUAUACAAUCGAUAUUUGAUGGAGAAUCAAGUCCGUUUACCUCCUCGGCGUAAACACGGAUUCCCUUCGUUAUCCCAACGUUUCCAAAGUUGCGAGAACUUGAGGGUCAGCAACUUUUUGCGGCAAUUGAUCUCGCUGGAAUGGGCAUUUGGAGCGACUGUUGUCUUGCUUCAUAUUGGAGCGAAAAUGCAUCCCUAUAGAGAUCAUGUUCACUAUAUCUACCUCACUUUUGCGUAUACUUGGGUUAUGCUUUGGGUAGGUUGAAAUAAAAACUUGAGAAAUUUAAUUGGACUUGCUUACCUUGCUUUGAUUACCCCUCUUCGUUUUUUUUAUGUUCUGGGGCAGGGACCUGGAUAGUUAUAGUUGUAUACAUAUAUUUAUAUAGUAUGUAAUAUAUCAUACAUGUAUGUACAAAGCCACGACUAAAGAAAAACAUGUUUUUAGACAGUGGUCACGAUCACAUUCAUCCGUCGACGGGUCAAACUUCUCAAAAGCGUCUCCAGACCAGCGUCAAUGGAUUCGAAUAAAAUUGGAAUUGACCCUGAGGCUAUUAACAACACUUAUUUUGAGAUGUACGCAAAGGAUUGGAAAUGA